AUGUUUAUUCUAGAGAAUUUUCCAUGCAUUGUAAUGCAACUUGAAAACAAUCAUUGGGCUUUAUGGUCAAAAGAAAAAAAUUUAUUAGAAAUUAAAUUAAAAUAUACAGAAAAGAAAAAAGAACAGAUACACAUGUUUGAUUUAGUAGAAUGUGCAUACUAUUUAGAUAAUACAGAAGCAUUGGAUUUUUCAAUAUCAUCAAUUAAAUCAUUAGAAUUACUAUUAAAAUAUCGAGUAAAUAUCAUAGAACCUUAUAAUAUUAAUGUCAAUAAUAACAAUAACAAUAAUAACACAACAGCAGCUUCAUCAUCAUCAUUCAGUUUAAACAAUAGUAUAAAUUAUACAACAGAAGCAUUAGCAUUCAGUUUAAAAAAUAGUUAUAGAAACAAUAAUAAAACAACUACACCAGAACCUUCAACAUACAUUUUAAAAAAUAAUAGUAUCAAUAAUUUAAAUAGUAUUAGUGAAUAUAGUAAUCUAAAUAAUAAUAGUACCAGUUUAGCCCGAAGCGCAAGUUGUAGUAGGCAGUUAAAUUUAAUUAAAGAGGAAUUAAAAUCAUCACCAAUUUAUAUACUACUACAUUCAAAAACAUUAAAUAUCGGUAAUAUUCAAGAGGCAUUAGAUAGGUUUAAUUCAAACAGAGCAGACUACCCAAAGAUUACCGAUGAAGAAUAA